CGGAAGUGGCGGCACCAGAGGCGGAAGUGAGGCCAUGACUAGAGGCGGAAGUGGGCGGGGUCUAGCGCCUUGCGGAGCGGGAUGGAGGCGGCCGGGCCGGCUCUGAGCGCGGAGACCCUCCGGGGGCGGCUGCUGCGGGGGCUGGAGGCGGAGCACGUGGAAGUCGAGGACACGACCCCGAGCCACUGCUCCUCCAGCUUCAAGGUCCUGGUCGUCUCGUCCCGGUUCCGGGGGAAGCCCCUGCUCCAUCGACACCGGCUGGUGAACGAGCUGUUGGCAGAGGAGCUGAAGCACAUUCACGCCUUCGAGCAGCGCACGCUGACCCCCGAGCAGUGGGAGAAGGAGCGGGGGGGCCUGCAGUGAGACCCCCGGCCCCGGAGCAGGACGGAGCUGGGACCCCGCGCCCCACGGAGCUGAGAGACCAGCUGCAAUAAAGGAUUAUGGGCAACAAA